GUAAGCUUUUACAGCCAAUCAACCUGGCCAAUCAGUUCAGUUAUUUGUUUUUCUAAUGCUAUCAGAAUCUCCCAAUCCGCUCAUGCCAUGUACUCUAAUAUGGCGUGUAAAUUUUUCUGUAAGUGAGAGAUCCGGUUCAAUCUUGAAAAGAAUUAUGAGUCCCGUUUAACUUAACCGCUCACGCGCCCCGCCUCCCUCGAUUGGCUUCUUUGAAUGAAGAAAGCGAGGGACUUGCUUAAAACCCUUGGCAGUUGCAGAAUCCGCCGAAGUUCGAACCUUGUAGCUCUCGACCGCAUGGAGGAUUCAUCAAAUCGUUAUUCUUACGACCCAACUCUUCAAUGGAACCCUCAAGUUCAUGACUACUUCGUCAAAGCUUAUGGCGCCGACCACUUCUCUCGCAUCUCUAAAUCUUUAACGCGUCCCUCUGGCUACUCUUGUGUUCGUGUAAAUACGCUCAGGUCUACAAGUGAUGAAGUUAUUGAGAAGCUGCAAGCAGUAAUGAAUAAAUCGGGAUCUGAGAAUGAUUUGGACUCAAAGCGUUGUUCAAGUGAAGCCAAUAAUAUCCGGGAUUUAGAAUUCAGCGGAAAUAUAGCUCUGGGACAAAGUGAAGAUAAGGCUAAUCCUUCGAAGGCGUGUUCCCGGGCUGCUCCAGUUUCGAAGUGUCACAUUCCUGGCCUAGAUUAUGUCGUAUUUGUUCAGGGUUCAGGACCGCACAAAAUCAAUUAUGAUUUUGCACAUGAUAGACCUCCCAAGGAGGUCCUUGUUAGCAGGAAAUGUGCCGAAGCAGUUCUUCGCGGUGCUCAGGUAUAUGUUCCUGGUGUAAUGGCUUGCAGUGCUCAUGUUGAAACAGGAGAUACAGUUGCGGUCUCAGUUGCUGUGGAGCAGCCAGGUGUCAGUGGGGGAUGGGGUAUUGGUAUGACACGUGGUACUGUACUACAAGGGUCACAAACUGAUCCUUAUUAUUCUGAACGAAGUGGGCUCUAUAUUGGCCAAGGAACAACAAUGAUGUCAAGGGCUGAAAUGUUUCGUGUUUCUAAAGGAGUGGCUGUGGAUAUGAGGGACAGAGUAUAUGAACUUCCUUCUUUUCAUAAUGUGCUUGAGGGAGACAUAUUUCUUCAAAACCUGCCAAGUAUUGUUACUGCCCAUGCUUUAGAUCCACAAAAGGGAGAGCGUAUACUAGACAUGUGUGCUGCACCAGGGGGGAAAACAACUGCAAUUGCAAUACUUAUGAAGGAUGAAGGAGAGAUCAUUGCAGCUGAUAGAUCUCAUAACAAGGUGAUGGAUAUUCAGAAAUUGGCAGCGGAAAUGGGAUUGAGUUGCAUAAAGACCUAUAAAUUAGAUGCUCUUAAAGCUGUUUGUCAAAGAAAUGAACCAGAUAAUUUGAGCGGUUCAUAUUGUGGUAAUGCUGACAAUGGUGUGACAGAUCAAGUUUCUGAUUCAUCAAUUUUAAAUGAAGAAAGAAUGUCAUCUAUUGGUAUAAAUAGGUUAAAUAUUGAGAAGACUAUGGAGGAAAAUGUUGAUCACAUUGAAGAGGAAAACAAAGGAACAUAUGUUAGCAAAGCUGAAAUCCGGAAGAGUAUGCGGAGAGAGCGAAAUGGACCCGGAAGAAAUCAAUGCCUGGGUGGUAGGGUUGAGAAGUCAAAAGGUUUUCCUCCUAACAGUUUUGAUAAAGUUCUUCUUGAUGCUCCUUGUUCUGCCCUUGGUUUAAGGCCUCGAUUAUUUGCUGGAGAGGAAACUAUUGAAUCCUUACGAACACACGCAAAAUACCAAAGGAGAAUGUUUGACCAGGCUGUUCAAUUAGCUCGUGCUGGUGGAGUAAUUGUAUAUUCCACUUGUACAAUAAAUCCCGGUGAGAAUGAAGCAUUGGUACGGUAUGCUUUGGACACAUACAAGUAUCUGUCAUUGGCCCCACAGAACCCUAGAGUUGGAGGACCUGGACUACUUGGUCGUUGCGACUUUCCUGAUGGAUAUGAAGAGGAGUGGUUAAGACCUGGUGAGGAAGAACUUGUGCAGAGGUUUGAUCCAUCAUCUCCGCUUGAUACAAUUGGGUUUUUCAUUGCUAAAUUUAUUGUUGGAUCUAAAGAUACCAUGUGACUUUGAGUGUUAGCCUGGGAAAGCUGGGUCUCUCUCUUAGUUCAGAAUUACCACUGCUUUGGCAAUCUCUCAAUUUUGAUGCUAUGGGAAUACAUCUGCUCUGGAACUGUAAUGAAGGAGAUGCAGUGAGAAGAGAGACAAGGGUGAGACUGAGACUCUCUUCUCAAAGGGUCCCACCCCUCAUGUUUUUCUCUCUCCACUAGAUCCACUGAAUCCUUUAUUAUUGGAGAAAAAUCAGGUUUCUCUUCGGUGGAUUCGGCCCUUUUUUUAAUUACAAGACUCGGUUGAAGUUUUUCAAAGUGUUUGCCAACAGAUUCUUCAGCAAGAGUUUGACCUGUAAAGCAAACAUGAAGGAAUUGUUUGCACAACCAAAUCAUGUUAUCUUGAGUUCUCAAAAAAAUAUUCACUUGUAAUAUUCUUAUCGGAGCAUUUAGUAGCAAAUAUUGAAAAAUAUUGACUAAUAAGUUCUGUCAUUUUUGUAUUCGACUAAGACAAUGGAGAGCACACUAGUGCACAUCCUGUGAUAUUGAUCCAAGAAAUCAUGACAGCUACUAUAUUUAUAACGCA